AUGAAACAGUGUAGCUGGGAUCAGAAUAUGGCCAACACAUUUGCCACGGUACCCGACGGGUACUGUCUUCCUGAGCCCAUACAGUAUUAUGAUGUUUUGCCGGAGCACAUCAACUAUCAGCUGCAAGACACCGAUUUUCAGACUGCACCUUACUGCCAGUACUCAGCAGUUCAAAUUCCUCCUCCAGUAUUACAGUCACAGCCGUCUCAGCCCCAGUACAGCACAUACGGCCUGGACUCUCAGUACGGCGACGGGCAGUGUAUCAUCAGCAGCUGUGAACUCAGCAAACCCCCUUUCAUGGCUCCCCACAUGGAUGACGGUGGAUACCAAGGGCUGAAACGGUCAAGAUUAAACCACUCGUCUUUGAGACUGAAGGGACAGGAGGAGGUGUGUGUCGUGUGCGGUGACAAGGCCUCAGGCUAUCACUACAACGCACUUACCUGUGAAGGCUGUAAAGGCUUCUUUCGACGCAGCAUCACCAAAAACGCAGUCUACCAGUGCAAGAACGGCGGUCACUGCGAAAUGGACAUGUACAUGCGGAGGAAGUGUCAGGAAUGUCGCCUGAAGAAGUGCAAAGCUGUGGGAAUGCUAGCAGAAUGUUUGCUGACUGAAGUACAGUGCAAGUCAAAGAGACUCAGGAAGAAUUUCAAACAGAAAAGCAGUUUUCUUUGCAACAUAAAACUGGAAGAUGAGGGACUGACUAGUAAGCACGUAUCAUCUACAACAAGAUCUGGAAAAAGCCCAGAGAAGAUGGAACUUACUCCAGGGGAACAUGAGCUUCUUGACCACAUCGUAGCAGCACACCAAAAAUACACAAUUCCCCUUGAGGAAGCGAAGAAGUUUCUGCAAGAAACUGCAAGUCCUGAGGAAAGUUUUCUCCGUCUCUCUGAGACAGCAGUUGUCCAUGUACAAGUGUUAGUGGAUUUCACAAAGAGACUUCCAGGGUUUGAAAGUUUGGCUAGUGAAGAUCAGAUUGCGCUGCUAAAAGGGUCAACAGUUGAGGCAAUGUUUUUGCGUUCAGCCCAAAUAUAUAACCAAAGAAUUAGCGAAUGGCAGCCGUCGGCGAGUGACAGCCACGUAAGGCUUUCUGAUCACGGGACAUGUCACCUUCAAAACCUUGAUAGAAGUGACAUUUAUUCCAUGGAAAUGUCUCACAACGAAGAGAGUCCAACUUCCACUACUACCACAGGUAUAACCGAGGAGUUCAUUACCGCGCUGUUUUACUUCUACAGAAGCAUGGGGGACCUGAAGGUGACGGAGACCGAGUACGCCCUGCUCGUCGCGA